ACUCGAUUCUCCCGGCUCAGUGACACGAGUCGGGUUAAUUAACCGGCUCUUCGGUCAGUUCGUCAACACUACUCAGGGCAGAAGCUGAUUAAGCACCCAGCAGACACCGGUGGUGGUCGGUGGUAUCUUACCGAAGAACCGUAAACAAACUACAAACCAUGAAGAACGAAGGUAUAGAGGGCAUGGAGAGGUUCCUGAGCCCGGGUAGUGGCAGAGGCCUGCGGGCGUUGAGGCACUUCACGGAGGGGGAGCUGGUGUUCGCCUGCCCUGCCUACUCAUACGUGCUGACAGUGAAUGAGAGGGGAGCGCAUUGCGAGCACUGCUUCUCCAGGAGAGAAGACCUUUUUAAGUGUGGCAAGUGUAAGCAGGCUUACUACUGCAAUGUUGACUGUCAGAGAGGUGAUUGGCCCAUGCAUAAGCUGGAGUGUGUAGCUAUGAAUGCCUAUGGGGAAAACUGGUGUCCAUCAGAGACUGUCAGACUGGUGGCUCGAAUCAUCGUGAAACAGAGAGUCACAACAGAGCGCACCCCUUCAGAAAGGCUGCUACUGCUCAGAGAGUUUGAAUCCCAUUUAGAUAAGAUGGACAGUGAGAAGGACGAGAUGAACCAGACAGACAUAGCAGCGCUGCACCACUUCUACUCCAGACACAUCAGUGACCUUCCUGACAAACAGGCUCUCACUGAGCUAUUUGCACAGGUUAACUGUAAUGGUUUCACUAUAGAGGAUGAGGAACUCUCACAUCUGGGAUCAGCUGUUUUUCCCGAUGUAGCACUGAUGAAUCACAGCUGUAGUCCUAAUGUCAUAGUGACCUAUAAAGGCACAUUGGCUGAGGUCAGAGCUGUCCAAGAGAUAAACCCUGGCGAUGAGAUCUUUAACAGCUACAUAGACCUACUCUAUCCAACAGAAGACAGGAAAGAGAGAUUGUUAGAUUCCUACUUCUUCACAUGCCAGUGUACUGAGUGCACCACCAGGUCUAAGGACAAAGCAAAAAUGGAGAUCAGGAAGCUAAGUUCUCCACCAGAGCCAGAGGAAAUCCGAUCCAUGGUCCGUUACGCCAAGAAUGUCAUCGAGGAGUUCAGGAGAGCCAAACACUACAAGACCCCCAGUGAGCUGCUGGAGAUAUGUGAGCUUAGCCAGGAGAAGAUGGGAGCUAUAUUUGCAGACACCAAUGUCUACAUGCUGCACAUGAUGUAUCAGGCCAUGGGUGUCUGUCUCUACAUGCAGGACUGGGACGGAGCUAUGAGCUACGGAGAGAAGAUCAUACAGCCAUACAGUGUUCACUACCCAGCUUACUCUCUGAAUGUGGCGUCUAUGUAUCUGAAACUGGGACGUCUGUAUUUGGGGCUUGAGAAGAAGACACAGGGAGUCAAAGCGCUGAAGAAGGCAGUUGCCAUCAUGGAGGUGGCUCAUGGGAAGGAUCACAAUUAUGUAGCAGAAGUCAAACGAGAAAUCGAGGAGCAGAAGUAAAUGAGGUGCAGCAGGAGGAGCAAAAAGAUUAAAGAAAGAGGCACUGGAUUGAGGAACCUCUUUUAAAGCAACAACAUAAAUACACAUCACAACUGCAUGCCAUGCAUCUUAUACCUCUCCGUUUUUCACACCUCUUUGUGGGCAGGGUUUUUUUUCAUGUCUAGAGUCGACAUAUGACUGUGAGCUGAGGAUGACCACGUUUUGUACCUGCAGCUCCCUACUUACUUUCAGAUCUGGAGAUAAAAGCAGACGAAUUAGGGUUUAAAUGGUUGGAAUGAAAAAAGUGACUGAAAUAUUUGUGUGAUGAAGCUCAUUAAACCCAUUCAACACCAAUACUGUAAUUAAGAAAUGACAUCAGUGGGGGGAAAAAAAUUACUUUAAGAUUGGCUUUAAAGCUUUCUUUCAGAAGAAACAAAGCUUUCAUGUGACCGCUACUAAAGCGCCAUUUUCUGACAUGAAAUGCCUAGGUUUUCUUUCCUCGUGAGACAGAAAUCAUUCACUGUGUUCUGUAAAUCCAUCAACAGACUGGGUUUCACCAGCAUUUAAGUCUUGGGCAACCGUUUUAGCUGCACAGUUGUGCUCCAGAGCAGUUGUUUAAUGAUUUGGACAACUGGUGAGUAGUUGUUAAGAGGGCAUUGCAACUUAUUCCCAGCCAAUGCAUUUUCAUUCUAUCAAACAAAGUUUCUGGCUUCACUGAGUCUUGUUUAAACUGUGAGGAAACAAUGACUGACCAUGCAUUCAGGUACUCUGUAGCAAUGGCGAAAAGAAUGCAAAGAACAAUUCCUGAAUGAAUAACCAGUGGUUUGAUGGGCUUGUCUUACAGUAUGUUUUAUUGUUUAUGUUGUGUGUUUUAAUUUUUUUAUAUGAGGCUUUUUGACCAAAGGGGCCACAGGUUUAACUGACAAGGAACCAGCUAUAAUUAUCUUUAUCUAUUCACAGUGUAUCCUUAGACAGGGGUGCUGAUCUGAGACCAGGUACUGCAGUGAAGACAUUGGUACUAUGACCAGACCAAUGGUCCUGGAUCAGACUCUUUGCUCUCAGGAAAAAGGUGCAACACUAGCUUUUGUUGCCUUUUGUCAAGAGAUGCAUUAUUGUACCUUUUUUGUUGUUUUUAGUUUUUUUGGAACGAUGGAGAGAAAAACCCUGUUUUCACAAAUACCCGUGUAGGUGUGGACUAGGCCUAAGCAUCAGGAAUUACCCUGAGAAUUAUAUCAAUUUAUCAGCAGUGGGCAAAAUAUUAACAUGCAGUAUAACUUGGUAGGAUAUACCUUUUACAAGCAGGUGAUAACGAGGGGGGUGUCAUCCUCACCAUACACUUUUAAUUUUAUAAUCAACAAGAAUGAAUGAAAUAUUUAUUAAAAAGGGAAAUUCAUCUCCUUUUAAUGUCUGAUUUAGUGCAAAGUUCACGUUUGCACUCUUUUAAGCUAAAGAGACAAAUUUGAUUCAUACCGUAAGGAAGUAUUACCUUAAGCAGGAAUGGGUACUCAAAACUCCUAAAAUCUAUGUUGUAAAAUUGUGUUGACAAGGUUAGUCAGAAAUGUGUUGCCUGUGUGGAAUGGUUUUCCAUGACCCUGACACCGAAAUAAUGACAAGUAGGAGCAGUUACAGGUCUUAAAACUGUAGUUUUCUCUCUGUUGUAGAUUUGACUGAAUCAUUAUAUAGAAAAGCAUGCAGUGUGUGAAGGAGGCUUUAAAAAGUUGAGGCAAUGCCAAGAUCAUCACCUGGGCCUUAAGUUUUUUUUAGUUGUACUCACAUUUUGUACAAUUUCUGUGACAAAAUUUCAAAACUGCAAAUCGGUAAGCACAUUUUGUUGAAUAUGUAUCAGUUUCUGUCAGUGGACAGUAGGGGUGGGAGAUAUUGACAAAAAUGAAUAUCUCAAUUUUUUUUUUUCGAUAUUGAGACGAUAUUUUUGAAAUCCUUCAAAGAAAUGUGUGCAAACUGGCAAAGAAGGUCCAGUUGGUCUUUUGACUUGCUGCAUUUGACCUAUUAUCGUAUAGAAUUACUAGUACAGUAAGCCUUCCUGCAGUCUUCACACUGCACUGCCCAAGGCAAUAGAGAUAUAAUUCCUUCAUUAUUUUAAUGCCUGUAGCUUCUCCCUCUUGUUUACCAUGGAUGCAGUUUUAUGAACAACAUUGCUGUGGGUUACUGAGGGUUAGAAAUAGUCAAUUUUUAUGAGUUGCCUGUGGUCAUAUUUGUAGCAACUCCUGCAUAGGUGACUCUUUUUAUCACCUGCAAAGAUGCAUCUGGAAGGUGUCUGCCUUACAUUUUUGCAUAGGUAAUCCAAAAGCACCAUUUCAGCAACUCCGUUAUGUUUGUCUUUGUGUAUGUUUUUAUAAAGGAAAAUAGGGUUUGUAGUCUGGUUUACACAAGCCACAAAACAUCUAAACCCUCUGCUAGAUUUGAGCACUUCAUUUUAUUUCUAGACUGUAAGAACAUGUAUAUGAUUUGAUGUCAUGAAAGAAAGGUUAAAACAGUAAAAUCUGUACUCAUACUGCACAUUUACAACCAGAUAAAGGCUACCCAUAUGAUGUUUUCUACAAUUUCUGUAAUGAGCUGUUACUUAAUGAGGCAUGAAUUUUAUUCUACUGGAAUGCAUAAUUAAAAUCUGAGCCUCUCUUUCUGCACAUGUCAGUGGAACUCAAUAAAUGACACUUGCUUUGA